AUGCAACCGCUGACCUACUAACAUACAUUUCUAAACAGAAGCAGCUAGCGGCAGGAUACUGGAGCGACUCGCCAGAACAACACAAGGAACCGGGGCAAAAACACGCGCGCGCUGCGGAACCCACGCGUACUGAUCACAGCAUUUAGUGUUGCGCGGAUCACUUCACAUUUUAGUCACAAAUACAAUAAGAGACUCAAAUUAAAUAAGCGGGAAAAAUAUUUUGGAUACGAACACAAAAGAUACAAAGGCCUUUCAUCGAACAGCCAGCUGGAGGCUUUGAGAGCAGCAGCACCCCUCCCCAAGAGGUUGACAAGCUGGGGCAGACCGAGUGACCUAUAUCUUCCAACACGCCCAAGGCACUGGGACACAUCUCUGUCGGCUUGAUAGAGAGGUUACAUAAAGGAAUAAAAGUGAAGACAAAGAAAAAGGGUCAAAAUCCUUUAAGCAAAUCUGGUGAUCAUCUCUGUACUUGAGGACUUUGUCGCACCCCUUUUGUUUCAAAGACUGACCUAUAUUGUGCGCAAAACAAAGAGAAGAUUUUACUUGAGGGAUUCCUUGGAUCUGUUAAAUGCAGGGGAUUCAUAUAGAGGUACACCUAUUCUUGCUUUUCUUAGCUAACUUGGACACUUGAUCAUCUAAAGAUACUUGCUUGAAAUUCACAUCAACAAAAUCAAUGAGGUUCAGCUUUCCAGAAGCUAAAAUACCUCAUCAAGUCUUUGCUGAUCCAGCUACUUAGUUGAAGAUAUUCCAGUCUACAGUACAUCAGGAUAUCUUGCAGAUCUUUCUUCCCUUCACCUCAUCCCUGUUUCUACAUUCAAUUGCAUUUCCAAUGGUGAAGCCGGAAUCUCAAACUGGUUCCCAUUGAAGCAAAAUGGAAAGUUUGAACUUACAAAUUUCAACAAAUUCCAGUGAAACCCUAGAGAACACAGAAAGCUUUUCAGACUACAGUGAUCUUCAUUCGCCUCAAGACAUCCCUCGCCAGAGCCGCCUUUCUAAACCAAAGCCAAACAACAUGAGUUGUCGACGCAAGCGUGAGUUCAUCUCAGAUGAGAAAAAGGAUGCAUCCUACUGGGAAAAGCGCCGCAAGAACAAUGAGGCAGCCAAGCGCUCUCGGGAGAAACGCCGCUUUAAUGACAUGAUCCUAGAGAACAGAGUUCUUGCACUGAAUGAUGAGAAUGUACGCCUGAAAACUGAACUUUUACAGCUUAAACUCAGGUUUGGGCUGAUAAGUACAGCCUCCUAUAUGGAAAAGAGUCAGCAGAUUGGUAGUGCUGUUAAUAGAUCUUCUGGCAGCAGCUCCUCAUCUUCCUCUACCACCAGUCACUUCUACACCAGUGGUUACUCCAGUGUUUCUCAAAUGAUGAUGAACUCAGAUUCCUCUGAAGCCGAGCAGUCUAGUCGAGGGGAUGGCAAUGUGAAAAUGGCGAAGUACUCUCCAAGAGGUUCCCUCUCCGAUAUGUCUGAUGGCUCCUCUCGGGAUAGCCCAGAGCCUCUGCCGUAUGACAUCAAGCAGGAAGGGAUGGGUCUAGAGAUGGACAUUGUCAGUAACACAACAUCACAGAUGAUGUUCAACAUUCAUUCAAGACUGCCUGCUGUACUUCACCAGCGCACCAUUGAACCAGGUUAUUCAACCAAUCAACAGAAGCAACUCCACCAGGAGACUGCUGCAAGUCCAGUCAUGCCGCAAUCUGCUCAAAGAAGUGUCAUCUCAUACCGUUCUAGCAUUGCCUCAUAUCCUGUGGAAAGUCAGGACAUUAUUCCACAAGAACAGCAGAACUUUACUCAGGCUACAGAGGAACAGAGCAGAAGUCUGGUUUCCAAACAGCUAGAGAGAAGACCGUUUGACUCUCCAUCUUAUGACUGCCCAGAUGAUGAGGCAGCCGAAAGGCAGGCUUACAUUAUUCAGCGACAAACUUCCAGGAUCAAUGCUGCUGCUCCAGAUCUUCAAAUAAGACCAGUGGAGGCAGAUGAAACACAGGUGCAUCACUGUCCAAACAGCACUAUGGAGAACGACGAGCCUCCAGUGCUGACCUAUGAAGGAGGUUUGAGUCAAGAAGAGUAUUUUGAGGCUCACUCAGGAAAGGACUUCUCUUCAAGUGAUGGGGAUCCCAGGAGCUCUGAUAAAGAGGGCUCCACUGAUGACGAGUCUCCCUCAUCUUCUUGCUCAGACACAGGCAGCUAUCACCCACACAUAUUCAUGACCCAGAACUCCUUUUCUCCCAGCCAGAGCAAAGACGGUCAAGCAGAAGUCAAAGGCACUGCCCUACCGCACAAACUGAGACUCAAGCAUAGGGCUCAAAGUGACGGCAGAGCAUCAUCUCAAGACUCACCCACAACGCCACCUGCUAAUUUCCAGCCAUUACCUCAGCACCCUUACCUGGCCUUGUCACAACCUGGAGGCCAAUCGAGUGUGGGGUUUUCCAAGAAAGACAGCUCUGUUGAAAGCAUUGAAUGUGGGAGGAAGGAAUCCAGUAUGCAUAACAGUCGCAACAAGAGACAUGACUGAACUUAAGCAUUGAAAUUAAGCCCUCUGAGACUUUUUAGAUGAAGUCACAUCAUGAUCCUCUACCUCUCACCCAUUCCCUGUUCAGGGAAAAGAGGAGUGGACAUCUUCAAUCUAAUGCAUUGUACCAUAAUGUAUAGACUCACCUUUUUGUUGGUUUGCUUUUGUUUAACCUUUAAGCGAGGUUCUAGCAGCACUUUUAUAACAAAGACAUUAAUGAUGUUAUUGAUCGCACUUACCCAUAUUUUGAGUACUGCAGCCAGAUGUCAACAUAAUGCUGGGUUCACACCAAACAUGAAAGUGCAUCAGUAAAUUACACAAAAAGUCAAUGCAAAUGCAUAAAUAGAGGCAAAUUAUUGCCAGGAAUGUGCGGAAUUGUGAAUAAUUUACAUGAGGGGAAAAACAUCCUGUGAGUAAACUAGUGCUAGUGACGCAGUGCUCCGUCUUUGGUGUGAACUCAGAAUAAGUAUAAAUUCAAUUCAAUAGCAAUAUCCACCAUCUGUGAGGCAUUGUAAUGGUUUCCUAUUGUAAAUGGACGAUUUCAAGUGCCGCUUUCUUUUUUUAUGGCCUCAACUUAAAUUUGCAGAUGGCUGUGCACCAUUUUUAAACAUACCAAACGCCAGAUGAUUCAGGGAAUGUUCCCUUGACCAAAGAAACAUGGCUUUACGUUCAUACCUCUGUCUUUUCCCUACCUCCGUUUGCUACUUUCUAACUAGUGCUCCCCAUCUCCUAUCCCAGACUUAGCAGCCUAGCUACUACUCCUUGAUCAGGCACUUGCUUUGUACAUAAAAUGUGAUAUAAAUGUUAUAUAUAAAUAUAUUUUAAGAAGAAAACAAAAACAUGACAUGGAAAAAAAAUUAGCAGUUCAGCGACUAAUGAAUUAAAAAAAAUACUGUACAAUAUGAGUGUUUGCGGUUUGAGAUGUCACUUAAUAUAAACUCCUUUUUUUACUUUACCAGUUUGCAAUUCAAUAUAUUUUUUAGGAAAAAUUACAAAAUGCCCCAAAGCCUUUACAGAUACAUUAGCAGGUUGAUGUAAGCUUCAUGUUAUAGAUACUAAGGUGUGUUUUCACUGCAUUUAUACGUCGUUGAAAAUGUCUAGUCUUGAAACACUACUUGGCGUUAAGAGUAAAAUGUCUUUCCAGGCAACUUUGUCAAAGUAUCCUAAAAAUACACAUUUAGCUUCCCUAUUAUGUGACCUCCCUAUUUAUUCUUUGAUUGAUGUAAUAAAGAGAGCUUAAUUCAAAACCAUUUAACUUCCUUUCUGGUUAUGAACAUGAAAGGAAUGUUUUGCCCUUAUUAUUAUGAAAGAGUUAACAGGAAAGCUCCACUCUGCUUACAUCAGUAUAAAUGCAUGAUUACUACUAGCAUAGUGACUUUGACCAUUUGCCCUUGAGGCCCCAGUUAAGCGAUUCAGCUUGCUGAUGAUGCAGUUUUGUCACUCUUUAACUGUUUGGAGUCUGUGCUAAUCAUUCAUCGCCCUAUAUAAUGUUUCCUUGCUAAAAUUAUAGUUUGUUUUUUGUUACUUUAAGAAGAUUGCUCGUAAAAAAGAAUCUUCAGGUCUAGCUCGAACCCCUCUUUUCAAAUCAAGUCUACAUGUCAAUUUAACUUAUGGCACUUGUGUAUAAAUGUAAAAUAUUUUUACUCACAACACUGUAUUGUACUUUUUUUAAUUAACUGUUUUUGGGGGCCAAGUGUUGUUCAUUUUAUCACUUCCUGUUUACUGUGAUUUUGUAACUGCUCACCACAAUGUCAACACUUUCGUCCUUUCAGUGUUUCAAACUGAGUGAUGUUUGAUGUUUUUAUUUUCUUACGGUUUUAUCAAGAAUAAAAAAAAAGAAAGCAAGGUUUGUUUGGUGUUUAGUAGACUGUGGCACUGCUGUUCUGUUGCUCCGUUUUGAAAUCGAUGCAUAUUGUAAAAACACUAAUGUUCAGUGCUAGGGUUGGGUGCAUUUCAAAAAUUCUACAAAAAAAAAUAAAAAAGUUGUUGCAUUAUUUA